AUGGCUCUACAUAAGACUUGCGGACCAAACACAGUGAUAGGAUACCUAGGUAUCAUUCUGGACUCUCAUAAAAUGGAAGCUAGACUGCCGAUAGACAAACUUCAGCGAGAUACAGAGAUACUCCGAUCAUUUCAAAACCGUCAGUCGUGUACAAAGAGAGAACUUCUUCAACUAUUAGGUCAUUUAAUUUUUGCCAGUAAAGUUAUUAUCCCAGGACGCAGUUUCGUAUCACACAUCAUUAAGUUAUCGACUACUGUGAAAGCCCUACACCACCAUGUCAAACUGAAUAGCGAAUGUAGGGAGGACAUUAGAAUGUGGUUAACUUUUCUGCAAUACUGGAACGGAGUAGGCAUUUUUUAUGAUCUACAGAUAACUACAACAGAGGACAUCAAGUUGUACACAGAUGCGUCUGGAACUAGAGGAUUCGGGGGCUACCUACAGGGACAGUGGUUCUCUCAGGCAUGGCCACCGAAUAUACAGGAUUAUGUUCAUAGCACGGACGAGAUAUCCAUAGCUUUCAAGGAGUUGUACCCCAUAGUCGUGGCAGCCAUGAUAUGGGGACACGGAUGGAAAGGCUUGCGAAUCAUGUUUAUGUGUGAUAAUAUCGCGACUGUUGCCAUUUUACAUAAAGGCCGCUCGAAAUCGGCGCAUAUCAUGCCACUCAUGAGGCGUCUUACUAUGUGCGCAGCUAGAAAUAACUUUGUGGUUAUGGCUACACAUGUACCUGGCAAACUUAAUUUGAUAGCUGACUCUCUGUCUCGUUUACAGAUGGCACGGUUCCGCACACUAGCCCCAGAAGCAGACUACAUUCCAUGCCAAGUGCCACAUCCGAAGGACAUCUUGUGGAACUCCGAAGAACUGUAG